AUGUUGACGAAAGCCGUUUUCUUGUUGCUGGCCGUAGCCGUUAUUCAGAUACAAUCUGAAUAUAUAGAACCGAAGUUCUUUGAAGAUAUGGUCCCAGUAGCUGGACGUAUAGUCUCGGGAUGGGACGCUGUACUCGGUCAACACCCACACCAAGCACACCUACGUUUAGAACGCGGCUCUGGAUUUGCUGUUGGCUGUGGAGGUUCCUUUGUACACCCAGAGUGGCUGAUCAGCGCCGCGCAUUGUACCGCAUUGAGUGUUAACAUCUUUGUCCGUGGUGGUGCGGUUUCCCUCGAUGAAACACCUGAGUACCUCGAAGAGACGAACCAGUAUUGGAAUCAUCCUACAUAUGACAGCUCAGCACCUGGUCGCGUUCAACCGAACGAUAUCUGCCUCAUUAAGCUGCAAGUACCUGCGACUUUCACAAACAAUCUCGCACCAAUCCGCGUUCAAUCAGCAGCGGAUGCAUCUCAAGACUUCUCACAGGUAAAGUUGGUGGCUAGUGGAUUCGGCCAUACUUGGACCGGCGGUCCCGGGGCCCGCAUACUCCAAUGGGUGUUCCUACGGGGUGUAAGCAAUGCUCAUUGCAGACUCACCUAUGGCUCUAUUGUCACUGAUGCAACUGUCUGCGCACAUUAUUUCAACGUGACAUCUCAGUCUACAUGUCAGGGUGACAGCGGUGGUCCACUGGUGCAUACCAACCCUAAGGGUCAUAGAAUCCUUGUCGGAGCAACCUCUUUCGGAGCGUCUCCAUCAUUUGGUGGAUGCCACUCCGGAAUGCCUGCAGCUUUCAUUCGUCCUGGAUAUUUCCAUGACUGGCUCACAGAAAUUUCCGGCAUUGACUUUGAAAACCUAGACGAACAAUUUAUUGAAAGAGAAUCCUUGUCUCUUAACUAG